GCAAAUAAAAUAAAGUGAAAUAGAAAAAGAAAAGAACGAGAAAUUCACCUUCAUCUCUUCGAUAGAAAUUUUAACACUCUUUUGCUCUGUUGUUGUAGGAGUGGAAAACCCCCAUUCUCUCUCUACAUUUUGCAUACCAAUACGCGCACUUUAUAUCUCUUGAUCGCAGCAUUCGAGUACAUAUUGCUCGGUGGAUCUUUGCCGUAAGAUCGAUAGGGUUUCCCAGCUGCGGAACUUAGUAUAGAAAAUGCCGCUCAGACUAGAAAUCAAGAGGAAGCUUGCGCAAAGAUCAGAAAGAGUAAAAUCUGUGGAUCUACAUCCAACAGAGCCAUGGAUAUUGGCGAGCCUGUAUUCGGGGACUGUUUGCAUCUGGAAUUAUCAGACCCAGACAAUGGUUAAAUCUUUUGAGGUUACUGAACUACCAGUUAGAUCUGCUAAGUUUAUAGCACGAAAGCAGUGGGUGGUUGCUGGUGCUGAUGAUAUGUUCAUUCGUGUCUACAAUUACAAUACAAUGGAUAAGGUUAAAGUAUUUGAGGCCCACACAGAUUAUAUCAGGUGUGUGGCUGUUCAUCCCACUCUCCCCUAUGUGUUGUCAUCCUCAGAUGACAUGCUCAUAAAGCUCUGGGACUGGGAAAAGGGGUGGGCAUGCACUCAAAUAUUUGAGGGUCACUCCCACUAUGUGAUGCAAGUCACUUUUAAUCCUAAAGAUACCAAUACUUUUGCCAGUGCAUCACUUGAUCGCACAAUUAAGAUUUGGAACCUUGGCUCCCCUGAUCCAAAUUUUACCCUUGAUGCUCACCUGAAAGGAGUCAACUGUGUUGAUUAUUUUACUGGUGGUGAUAAACCUUAUUUAAUCACUGGCUCUGAUGAUCACACCGCUAAGGUUUGGGAUUAUCAGACAAAGAGCUGUGUCCAGACACUAGAAGGCCACACACAUAAUGUUUCUGCAGUUUGUUUCCACCCUGAACUUCCCAUUAUAAUAACAGGGUCUGAGGACGGUACAGUUCGCAUAUGGCAUUCAACCACUUAUAGACUUGAAAACACAUUGAAUUAUGGUCUUGAAAGAGUUUGGGCAGUUAGUUACUUGAGAGGAUCAAGACGGGUUGUAAUUGGCUAUGAUGAAGGAACCAUAAUGGUAAAGCUUGGUCGAGAGGUACCUGUUGCAAGCAUGGACAACAGUGGGAAAAUCAUAUGGUCUAAGCAUAAUGAAAUCCAGACAGUCAACAUUAAGAGUGUUGGGGCCGAUUAUGAUGUUGCUGAUGGAGAGAGAUUGCCUUUAGCUGUGAAGGAAUUGGGUACCUGUGACCUUUAUCCACAGAGUUUGAAGCACAAUCCUAAUGGUAGGUUUGUUGUUGUAUGUGGGGAUGGUGAGUACAUCAUAUACACAGCUUUGGCGUGGAGAAACAAAUCCUUUGGCUCAGCUUUGGAAUUUGUUUGGUCAACGGAAGGAGAAUAUGCUGUUAGGGAAAGCACAUCAAGGAUUAAGAUCUACACUAAAAAUUUCCAGGAGAAGAAAAGUAUCCGCCCUACAUUUUCGGCUGAGCACAUAUAUGGUGGCAAUUUGCUGGCAAUGUGCUCGAAUGAUUUUAUUUGUUUCUAUGAUUGGGCGGAAUGUAGGUUGAUACGGCGAAUUGAUGUCAACGUUAAGAAUCUUUACUGGGCUGACAGCGGUGAUUUGGUGGCCAUUGCUAGUGAUACAUCAUUCUACAUACUUAAGUAUAAUCGGGAUGUUGUUUCUGCUCAUCUGGAUAGUGGGAGAUCAGUAGAUGAACAAGGGGUGGAAGAUGCUUUUGAGUCUCUGUAUGACAUUGAUGAACGAGUACGGACUGGCCUCUGGGUUGGGGACUGUUUUAUCUACAAUAACUCUUCCUGGAGACUUAAUUACUGUGUCGGUGGUGAGGUGACAACAAUGUUUCAUCUAGACCGACCUAUGUACCUGCUUGGGUAUCUUGCUAAUCAGAGUCGUGUUUUUCUCAUUGACAAAGAGUUUAAUGUUAUUGGAUAUACCUUGCUGCUCAGCUUGAUUGAGUACAAAACUCUUGUGAUGAGGGGUGAUCUGCAGAGGGCAAAUAAGGUCCUACCAUCAAUUCCAAAGGAGCAUCAUAACAGUGUGGCCCAUUUCUUGGAAUCACGAGGGAUGAUAGAAGAUGCACUUGAAGUUGCUACAGAUCCCGACUACAGAUUUGAGUUAGCCAUACAGCUAGGCAGGCUAGAGAUUGCAAAGGAAAUAGCAACAGAAGCACAGAGUGAGGCUAAAUGGAAACAAUUGGGUGAAUUAGCCAUGUCUACUGGAAUGUUGGGAAUGGCAGAAGAGUGUUUGAAGCAAGCUAAUGACCUGAGUGGUUUAUUGCUACUCUAUUCAUCUUUAGGCAAUGCUGCAGGAAUUAGUGAACUUGCCUCUCUUGCAAAAGAGCAUGGUAAAAACAAUGUUGCAUUCCUUUGUUUGUUUAUGUUGGGUAAAUUGGAGGACUGCCUACAACUGUUGGUAGAGAGCGAUCGGAUACCAGAAGCUGCAUUGAUGGCUCGGUCUUACCUUCCAAGUAAGGUGUCAGAAAUAGUUGCUCUUUGGAGAAAGGAUCUCAACAAGAUUAAUCAAAAAGCUGCAGAAUCACUCGCUGACCCUGAAGAAUAUCCAAAUUUGUUUGAGGAUUGGCAAGUCGCACUUGCUGUUGAAGCUAAAGCUGCUGAGACAAGAGGUAAUUUUCCUCCAGCAGCUGAAUACAUGCAACAUGCUGAUAGAUCAACAGCAAGUCUUCUAGAAACUUUCAGAAACAUGAGAAUAGAAGAAGAUGAGCACCUAGAAAAUGGAGGCUUGGAUUAUGAGGAUGGAGAACCAAAUGGUGAAUUGUCACAGGAGCCAGAUGACACACAAGUAGAGGGACAUGAUGAGAGUCAAGAAGAGGCUGUUGUGGUGGAUGCUGACUCUGCAGAUGGCGCUGUACUUGUCAACGGAAAUGAGGAGGAGGAAGAGUGGGGUAUGAAUGAUGAAGGGAAACCGUCAGCCUAAAAGCCUUUGGUUGGACCGGUGUGAAAUUCGUAGUUUUGUUUCUGAUGAUUAUUUGAUAUUCUUUUAGCUGCUUGGUGACUUUCAUUUAUUGUAAUUUUUGUACUUUAUGUUAUUAGUCCUAUUGUAUUCAUCUAUGGUGUGCUGCAUCUGUUUCAUCUACCUCUAGAAUUUUUGGAGUUAAGCUAAAUUGAUACUUUAGGAACUAUUGAUCUCUAGGAAAAUUUUUGACAUGUAAUUAGGUCGGGACAAAAUUCUUUUCCUGAUGUAUGAUAUAUAAGUUUAAUACUCUCA